AUGACCAACUUGGAGACAGAUACCGCACGAUCCGGUCCCGCACACCAGCCGAUCGGAUCGCUCGAGCGACUUCGUCAAGAUCAGAGGACCAUUGAGGAGGUUGCGCGUACGAUAUCGCUUUCUUUCUCGCAUGACCCACUCGUGGCAUGGGUGAGGCCUGGAGCACCCCCCUGGGGAACGUUGGACCCUUCGAUCCAACGAUGGCAGAUGGACAGAGUGAAGACUUCGUUGCGCGACUGCUUGCUGUUCAGACUACGACAACAGCAUGACGCCGGUUCAGACACAGACAGCGCCUUCGGGGCAGUUGCGAUUGUACAUCCGCCACAGAACAGAAAGCAGUCGUCUUGGUACCAGGCGGUCGAGGAUCAGUGGUUUCGGUUCUGUAACUAUGUGAAUCCGAUCGUCGAUCCUGGCGCUGAUACGAAGCGCCUACAGACUAUGAUGGAAGAACACGACCGCAAUCUGGAUAGGUUGAGAACGGCCUUCGCCCCACGCGAGAUGUGGUAUCUGGAAGUCAUAGCGGUCAGACCCGCCCUUCAGGGCAGAGGAAUUGGCAAACGACUGCUAAAUGAGGUGCUCAGUGAAAUCAGCAGAGAUGGGCCUGCUGUCGUCGUCUUGGAGAGUACUUCGCUUGAGAGCAAAAGACUCUACGAGCGAUGUGGAUUCGAAGUGAUCGAGGAGGUGGUGCUGGCAGAUGCGGGUGACCAAGUGAAGGUUUGGCUGAUGUCCUGGAACACAGGGCCAUGA